CGUGCAAACGCACACAGCCAGCAGGAAAUCGACAAAAAAAAAAACAAAAUAAUUUAAAUCGCGAAAAUAAAAACCCAUAUACACGCGUGCAAAAUCAAAAGCCAUAUACACGCGUGCAAAAUCGCUGUAAGAAUUUGAAAUUUGAAUUUCAAAUGACCUAAGGAUCUUGCUCCACUUUUUUGUGUGUGUUUUGUGUUCUAUAAAAGAGUGAUAGCCGCGAGUUCGCGUGUCAGAACAGAUCAAGAUGUUGAGGUGGCCAGUGGUUUGCCUGCUGCUCCCACUUUUGGCCACGGCCAAGAUCUUCGAUCGCUGUGAGUUGGCCCAUUUGCUGCAGCAUCGUUUUGGUCUUCCUGCCGCCCAAGUGGCCACCUUGGUGUGCAUUGCCCAGCAUUCGAGUGACUUCAAUACGGCUGCCUUUGGCGGUGGCGCAGGAUUGGGCGGUGGUUCCCAUGGUCUCUUCCAGAUCAGCGAUGUCUACUGGUGCUCGCCGCCGGGUCAGGGAAAGGGUUGUGGCCUGAGUUGUUCGAGUUUGCGCGACGAUGACAUUGCCGACGAUGUCCUGUGUGUGCGGAAGAUCUAUGCGGAGCAUCAGAGGAUCAGUGGCGAUGGAUUCACCGCCUGGCAGGCUUAUGGCGCAUAUUGCCGACAGGAUGCCAGUGCAUAUGUGGCAGGAUGUGGAGGUCCUGGCAGCACCGCCCUUUCCGUAGCUGCAACCUACCAGAAACCGCAACAGGUUCAGGUCCACAGCUAUCCAGUGCAGCAAUACCAUCAGGUGGCUCAAGUGCAGCCCCAGGGAAAAAUCUACAGUCGCUGCGAAUUGGCCCAGGAAUUGUAUUACCAACACAAGCUGCCCAUGCCGCAGAUUCCCACCUGGGUUUGCAUAGCCCAGCAUGAAUCCUCCUUCAACACAGCUGCCGUGGGUCGCCUAAAUGCGGAUGGCAGUGCGGACCAUGGCCUCUUCCAGAUCAGCGAUCUUUUCUGGUGCACCCAUGAGCAGAGGGCUGGAAAAGGAUGCCAUGCCACGUGCAAUCAGUUCCUGGACUCCAGCAUAGCCGAUGAUGUGCAGUGCAUUCGACGGAUACACCAGGAGCACACUCAGAUCUCGGGUGAUGGCUUCAAUGCCUGGACUGUGUACAAGAGGAACUGCCUAAAUCAGCACUACGAACAGGUUGCGGCCUGUUUUGCCAAGCCACCGGCUCAUCAGCCUCAGCAUCAUCCCAAUGCCAUUGCAGGAGGUCCUGUGAAGUCGAAGGUCAGCUAUGCCUAUCAAUAUGGCCAGGUUCAAGUGCAUCAGACGCCAGUUGUGAAUCCACCUGUUGUGAAUCAAUAUUAUCGUCUGCCGCAGCCGACGCCCAUUGCAAGUUACCAAACGAAUGGGGCUGCCUAUUCGGGCAAUCCCUUUCUGCGACCACGCCCAGUUAAUCCUCCCAGACAGCAUCCCAAUGCCAUUGGCAUACCCCUUAAAAACCAAUCCCCUGCCAGUCCCUUCUAUAUUCACAAACAGCAAACACAGUAUCAACCACAAUAUCAGACACACUUACAAACACACUAUCAACGCACGGGUAAAGUUUACAAUCGCUGCGAGUUAGCCCAAGAGUUGUAUUUCUCACACAAGUUUCCCAUGCAGGAUUUGGCCACCUGGGUGUGCAUCGCCGAGCAUGAAUCCUCAUUCAAUACGGCAGCGGUGGGUCGUCUGAAUGCGGAUGGCAGUGCGGAUCACGGACUCUUCCAGAUCAGCGAUCUCUACUGGUGCACACACAAUGAUGGUGGCGGCAAGGGAUGCCACAUCGACUGCAAUCGCCUGCUGGACUCGGACAUCGCGGAUGAUGUCAAGUGCGUGAGGACCAUCCACGAGGAGCACACCAGAAUUUCAGGUGAUGGAUUCACCGCCUGGACUGUCUACAAUGGACACUGCAGACAAAAAACAAGAGCCGAUAUUGCCAGCUGCUUUGAUGGUAAAGAUUUGCCCGCGGAAGUCGCGAAACCAUCGAAGGGUAACGAGUUGGUUAAGAAGACAUCUCCACCUCCAAAGGCAAAAAUCUACAAUCGCUGUGAGCUGGCCAAGGAGCUGUACCAUAGACAUAAGAUGCCCAUGAGGGAGAUUCCCACUUGGGUGUGCAUAGCCGAACAUGAAUCCUCUUUUAAUACAGCAGCUGUGGGAAAACUGAACUCGGAUGGCAGUGAGGAUCACGGCCUGUUUCAAAUCAGCGACAUUUACUGGUGCACCCACGAUCAGACAAGUGGUAAGGCCUGUCACAUUGAAUGCGAUCGUUUGCUGGAUUCAGAUAUAACCGACGAUGUCCAGUGUAUACGCACCAUCCACGAAGAACACACACGACUCUCGGGAGAUGGCUUCAAUGCCUGGACUGUCUACAAUGGACAUUGCAGAAAUCAAAACUUGGCCCAAUUGAGUGACUGCUUCGAUGGAAAUGAGAUUUCAGAGGCGGAUAAGACCAGUCAUUAUGGUGAAAGGCCCCAGGUUAAGCCUAAUCAGCCAGUGCCACAGAAACCACAACACAAGAUAGCAACUAGUCAGGAAUAUGCUGGUAAUCCCUUUUUGCAAAACCUUCAAGCUGCCAAGACACCUCAGCCCACCUUAAAUACCAAUAAACUUACGAAUAAAGUAUCAGCUCCCAAGGAGCAAAACACAAAUAAACUAUAUGCCACCAAUCCAUUUUUCAAUAGUCAACUUCAGAACAAGCCUUCUCCCAUCAUAGCAGGAUCUGUUUAUACUACCCAAAAACCAAUCUAUGAUCACAAUCCCUUCCUGAAAGCACCUGUUUCAGUAACGCCAUCUGUUAAACCUUUACAUGCUUCACAAGAAGCCAAGCCCCAUGACAGUAUAUCCUAUGCCCAAAACCCAUUCCUCAGUCUACUUGGCAGACCAAUUGUACCUGCUCAAGCAUCCAUCAUGCGCCAGCCCAAGCCUCAGCCCAAGCCCUCGAGCCCAUCUAAGACCACUCAGCUGGUCAACAGACCCUACGUCAGCAGCGACAGCUUCCGCAAUGAGGUGAUUAAAUUUACGGCCACCUCUGCAGCGGUGGCAACAACAGCAGGCCUUACAAAGCAAUCUGUAACAACAACCACUCGAAAACCUCUGCCAGCGACCACAAAAAAACCUGUCUCAACUACGUCCAAAACAACGAGCUUGCCGUUAUGGUCAUGGCAAACUUCUACGACCGCUAAGCCCACAAUAACAGAAAGUGGUAAUCACCAUUCAACAUCAACCACUCGAUCGGUGAUAACCAAUAAGCCGAAUACUCGUCCAACCAUUGCUGCAGUUUCACGCGCUACUACUCGAGCAACUACCCGGUCAACUAGUGGGCCAGUUAGCACAAAAUCUCAACCAGGGAUCUACCUAAGCACACCCCCAACAACUCGUCCGACCAUUCGAUCUAUUACCUCAACAACCCGUUCCAGUACUUUCCCUGUAUUUACGACUCGUUCAACAACUCGCCCAAUAUCUACGACUCGAACAACUACUCGACCAACUUCCCGUUCAACUACUCGAGCAACUACUCGCCCAACUACUCGUUCAAUUACUCGCCCAACUCCUCGUACAACUACUCUUCUAACUACUCGCUCAACUACUCGCCCAACUACUCGUCUAACUACUCGUCCAACUACUCGUCCAACUACUCGUCCAACUACUCGUCCAACUACUCGUCCAACUGCACACCCAACUUCUCGCCAAACUACUCCACCAACUACUCGCCCAACUACUCGUCCAACCACUCGUCCAACUACUCGCCCAACUACUCGUCCAACCACAUCCCCAACUACUUGGCCUUUCACAACAAUUCGACCACUUACAACUACUCGAUAUAUUCCAACAACCCACCAAUCUGUAAUAACACAAACCACUAAUCGAAAUGCAGCGAUAUAUCUACCAACAAAUCAUACAAUUUCGACAACUCGUUCAACAACUAAGUCUCCAUAUCACUAUGUCUCCAUAAAUAAACCUACCACACGCUCAACUACAAGCACAACGAUUCGUUACGCAACAACAACUCGUCAACCGCCCACGACAAGAUCCACCACUCGUUAUUCAGCUAUAACGGCAUCUACCACUCGUCAAGGAAGUACCACACCAAGGCCAUACUUAUUUACCUCAACAACGAAGACGAGUGUCACCACUAAGGAUCCAUUUGAUCAUCCGUUUUUCCAAAAAUUCAAGGCUAAGUUUGAGAAAACUACAGCAGCCCAAAAUCAAAAAGCUUCCACGACAUUAGCUGUUUAUCAAAAUCAAACUACCAUUAGUCCAUAUUAUGCUAAAUAUCAGGAAAACAAGGCUAAAACAGGAGAAAAAGCUGUUUUUUCUUACGACUUUGGUCAAAAGAGAAACACUACCAGUAGGUCAAAAAGUGCCUUUGAUGUAUACCUGAAUUGGAACAAAAAUUAAUGGCAUUUCCAUUAGUGUGACACUUUUGAGACUUGUAUAUACAUAUGCGUUAUUGAUCGAUGUAACCAGCACUAUGCUAAACAUAAUGACAGAAUACUCAUGCAUUAUUAAUCCAUAAGCCUUAUAAAUAGGAUUUAGAUAAUAAAAUAAAAAUAAAAUCCAUGCAAAUGCCAAA